CAGCGCAUCCCUACUUCCGCUUUGGAUCUGUCGUUACCACGGCUAGCUUGGCUGAGAAUCCUGGCGUUGGAGAAGCAGAUCAAUCGGAACGCAGACGUCGAUUGCGAUUGAGCUGCUACGCGGUUCCCCACGCCAAGUCGGUGGAGAGAAGCUGGAAGUUGGUCUUUUCCCUCCAGGAGUUAACCUGCAGCCCCAGAGUGUGAAUGCGUCACGGCCCAGUCUAAUUCCUGGUGCUCCUCCUCCCCUUUUGUUCCCUCCCCUCCUUCCCUCCUCCCCCCUCCCUUUAGAGCCCCCUCCCUUCCCCCCACUCAGGUGGAUGAAUGAAGACCCCCUUCAAGAGCCCAGAGGCCCCACGGCCCAGAGCGGACGGUGGACAUUCCGGUGUGACGGUCAACAUGAUGAAGAGGAGGAAUCCUCACAAGAAGCAGAAGAGCGGCGUGGGGCCCAGUAGAACUUUGUCCCCGGCCAAGAUGAACAUCGUGGGCUGCAGGAUCCAACAUGUGUGGAAGGAAGGCAGUAAAUCAUCCCAGUGGAAGGGAACCGUUCUAGACCAGGUCCCCGUCAACCCGUCCCUCUACCUGAUCAAGUACGAUGGCUUUGACUGCAUCUACGGCCUGGAACUGCACAGUGACCAGCGGGUCCUCGGACUCCAGGUGCUCCCCGACCUAGUAGCUCCGGCUCGCGUGACUGACGCGCUGCUAGCGGACGCCAUGAUCGGCAAGGCGGUGGAGCAUAUGUUCGAGACCGAGGACGGCCCCAAGGAGGAGUGGCGGGGGAUGGUGCUGGCCCGCGCACCUAUCAUGACGUCCUGGUUUUUCAUCACGUACGAGAAGGAUCCGGUGCUCUACAUGUACCAGCUGCUGGAUGACUACAAAGAGGGAGAUCUGCGCAUUAUGCCCGACGCAAGCGAGAGCGCGUCGUCAGACCGUGAGCCGGGGGAGGUGGUGGACAGUCUGGUGGGCAAACAGGUGGAGUACACCAAAGACGACGGUGGCAAGCGCUCGGGGAUGGUCAUCCAUCAGGUGGAAGCCAAGCCUUCCGUCUACUUCAUCAAGUUUGACGACGACUUUCACAUCUACGUCUACGACCUGGUCAAGACCACCUAAACCUUCGCCCCAAAGACUGCUAACGCCCCCAUGAAGAUACGUGGACACGCUUGUUGUUCUUUAGAGAACUCACCAGCCACCGUAAGCCCCGCCCCCUUUGGAUGACGAGCAGGAUGUUGUCAGAAGAACUUGAACAGAGGUUGGCUGGACCUCUUUGGACCAUUAGCAUCAUUAGCUCAUGUGGCUAUGUUUCAAGUUGGAGUCAAAAUUCACAGACCCUCAUAGUUAAGCUAACCGGAUGCCACUGACGAGAACACAUUUAUUGUUGCGUCUUGACAGCUAGCUUUGGUGGCAUUGUUAGCUUACACAGCUAGCACUUAAGUUGUCAUGGAAAUUCAUUCAUGAGAAGUCAUUGUUAGCAAGCAAAGUGGAUACCGUUGAUGACAUUACAAUGGUUAACGACGGUUUCGUUAGCAUUGUCAGCUAGCGCUCAUAAUGUUGUUCAAAUUCAUGAUACCUGGCAACUCGGAUCCCAUUGACAUCACGUUUAAUGAUCUCUGUGGACCGCUAACAUUAUUUGCUUGAACAGCGAGCACUCAAGAUACAGUCUAAAUUUGUGGCGACUCAUCCAGAGAAAGCUAACAGUCGAUGACACCACAAUGUUUGAUUUCUCUUUUUUAGCUGUUAACUUCAUUAGCAUUGUUAGCUCAUGCGGGUUGCGCUCAAGUUGAAUACGGGCCGGCCACAAGAAUUUGUGAGCAAGUUAAUCAGGCGGCCGACAAAACAGACGUCUCCCCGCCCUUGAAAUUGUCAUAAAACGCUGCGCUUGGCUCACUGACCUUGUAGCAAUUGUAGAAUGUUCCAGUUCUGAUGGGGAGGGAGGGGGGUCGGGGGGAGCAUCGUCUGGCCUUGGUCUGAUGAUUGUUCUUCUAGUACGUGUGCUUCAGCAAGUUGUCUUUCUAGAACCUUUGUUCAGCAUUUUGGUGCUUUAACUGUUAGACAUUCUAGAACAACAUCUUGAAUUCAGACUGGGGAACAAGAAGUGGUCUGGUGUUCCGUCGAUGAUAGGUCUUCUAGAACAGGUGCUUCAGCUUUUUUUCUGACCAUCCCUCUAGAACAGGGGUCACCAACACGUUGCCCGCGGACGUAUGGUAGCCCGCGAGGACCAUAUAAGGUGACCGCGAGGUAUGUUCUAAAAAAUACCAUAGGCCGCAAAUUGUUUCUUUUAUUUGUGCUUUAAAUUCUGAAUCUGACUUGCUUACGUGAAUUAAAAUUUUAAAAUACCUGUAAUGUCAUUUCCUACAAUAAAUUAAAAGAAAAAUAUUUUAUGUACGUGUAAUGAACUGAGUCUGAAGUUUGCCGCAAACAAGUCACGUAGCCCUUCAUACGAUCGUUGCUCACGAAGUAGCCCUCAGCCGCAAAAAGGUGGUUGAGCCCUGCUCUAGAAUGUUCAUUAUGCUUUUUGUCGUGAUUUAACAAUCAUUUAACUGUUGUGCAUUCUAGGUCAAUGUUCUGAACUCUGACUGAAGAACAAGCCAUGGACUGGUGCUCUGGUGCUAAUCUAAUGAUUGGUCUCCUAGAACGUGUUCUUCAUUUUAAAGUUCUGAAAUAUUAAUCUAGAAUGUUUCACUUUUGUUGUGCUUUAACAAUCAUCUAUUGGUUAGAAAUUCAAGAACAUUCUGAGCUCUAACUGAAGAACAACAUGUCUGCUAUUGAUCUAGAACGUGUGCUUGUGCAUGAUGAUCUCCCUUGAUGUUGGAAAAUUCUUGAACGGUCUGACCUCUGCCUAACAAGAUGAACAACAACGUUAUCCAGCAUUAAUCUGACGAUGGGUGUUAGUGAGCGUUCUAUAGCUUGAUGUUGGUGGAUGUGAUUAUAGAACGUUCCUUUUGGCUUUUGUUGUGCUUUUAGCAGUUGGACAUUCUACAACGUUCCAAGCUGUUGGACAAAUUUAUGCUGACCUGAAGACUGGCCGUCGGGAACGUUUAAUUUUGCUUGCUGUUCUCGCCAUGUUCUUGAAUAUUAUUAUAGAAUGUUUUUGUGUUGGACAUUCUAAUCGAGAACAACAUUCUCUGGUAUCUGGAGAAAGCGGUUUGGCAUUAUGGUUCACAUUCUAAGAUGUUCAUCGUUCCUUUUCCGGCUUCAGCCUGAUAUUCUUUGACCCCGCCCCCUUUUGCUAUAACAAUCCCGUCCUGUUGGACAAUUUACAAUAUCUCAAUAUAUCUCAUCAGCUGGUCCAAACAAGAUGAAGAAUGAUUGGUCCACUUUCUCUCAUUCUGGAGCUGGUGUAUUAAGGUCCUUUUUGCUGCAGGCCCUCGUCCAUCUUGGUUCCCUUUUGUCACUGAGCCCAUACAAAUGUUAUUAAAUUUAUACAACUUUUGGAUGACAUAGACGGAAAAAAAGCUAUUAUUUUUUUAAAUUUAAUAAUAGUUGGAAGAAACAAUUUGGGUUAUUGAGAAAAGAAAAUGCUUCAAAUUAUUAGAAAAAUUAGGUAAAAAAAAAAGGUUACAGCACAUGAUUUACCUUCGUGGGCCCCUUAAAAUGAUGCACCGGGCGAGAUGUAAACACCCCCCCACCCCCAGGCCUUGAGUAUUACACCUGUGUGCUAGAAAUGUUUCCAGUUGGCUGUCAUGCUCUAACAAUCCUUUUGGACCAUCCAGAAGAGCGGUGCUCAACGUGUCCAUCACGAGUCAACCAGUGUGGCAGAUAUGUCGUUCUUGCAAGCUGGCCUCCUAUUUACGGUCUCUCUUUUGCUUUCUCCAUUGCAAUCGCGGCGAUGCGUGCGUGUCUAGAGCGUGCGAGUAACACAUGAGGAAUAAGCAAAUGCUCUCAACUGGAGUUGAUGUUUAGUUGCUGGGAAUUUUGACUCUGAUUUGCAUUACCACGGAAACAAUUUAAGGGGCUGCUUCAACAUGCGUGUCACCUGUUUUGUGUACAUUGUUGUAUAAGUUCUUGCAUGUUUGUGUCUUUGGUUCUUUUUGUGCCUUUUUUCUUUGAUCGUUGGGGACCUAAAGAUUAAGUUUUGGAUGCACUGUCCCUUAAACAACGUGCCAAACAUCACCUUUGAGCCAACUGUGGAAAAAAACUAAUAAAACGUUUUUUUUUUCA